AAUGUUUCAGUUAUACACUAAAAUAUUACAGGCGUAAGAAAACUGUUUAAGGCGGUGGUUGCUUCUUCUUCGCCACCGCUCCGAGAGGAUACCCCAUUUUACAUGGACGAGAACAAGCAAAAGUGCAGCCGCUCCUCAACGCACUCAUCUUCUCGUUUUUCUCAUGUAAACAAUCUGGAUGAUGGUUGUUUGAUGCAUAUCUUCAGCUUCUUAUCUCCAAUCCCAGAUCGGUAUAACACAGCCCUCGUUUGCCACAGAUGGCUUUUCUUGGCAUGUCAUCCUGGCCUCUGGUUGCGAGUUGACCGGGCGGUCAAAGGGUUAAAAGAACCUGGCGUUUUUCCAAGCAUCGAAGAAGCUGUUUCUGCUGCAAGGCCAGGGGACACGAUAUUGAUUGGAGCAGGAGGGUUUCAUUCUGCUUCGAAUAUUCAAAUAAAAAAACCAUUGUGCUUGAUUGGAGGAGGUGACCUCCCUGAUGAUACCACACUCCUAUGCUCUCGAGGAUCUGACAGCGCUUUGGAGUUUCUAUCAACGUGCAAAUUGGCAAACCUAACCGUAAAAGCAGAACUCGGCUGCUGUUUGCUUCACAGAAGCGGUAGACUGAUAAUCGAAGACUGUAAUCUCCAAUGCGAGUCCAACCCUUUAGACUAUCUCUCCUAUGCCAUUAUCACCACCGCUGGCGGCGGCUGUGGACCACCACCACCGCCUUCUGCCACCAAGAUAACUGGCGGUGAUAGUGUGUCCGUUUCCCAAACUCGAAUCAUGGGCGGUGCGAAAGCUGUUUUGACUAGCGGCACACUCGCGUUGCAGCAAGUCCGUGUUAUAUAUGCACGCACAUCUAUGUGUUUCUGGUUCAAUGUGGUUCAUCAAUUAUAGUGAUAUAUCAUUUAUAUACCGACAUAUGUUGUAAAAUAAUUUCGUUAGUGGAAUGACAAUUAAUAGCAACAUAUUUAUAUUUA